AUGCCCUACUCCCCUACUGUCGCCGUUGUCGCCACCCUGUUGGCGGCGGCCUAUGCGGUGGGGCGAGGGUGCUGCCCUCGCCUACAGGCAGCACGCUCGCUGGCGGCGCUGCCGCUGCGGGUGGGUGCCCCCGCGGAUGGUUCUGUCGGCGGGGUAGCGCUUGCAGGCGAUGCUGCCCCUGCGAGCGCCGCUGCCUCCAUGGGCAGUUCUGCCCACGAGGCAACGCCCGCAGGCGGCGCUGUCCCCCAGGGCGGCCGCCCUUGCGAGGGGGUUUCGCCCGCGGGAGCAGCGGUGGCAGGCGCCUCACCCCGCGGGAGAAGCGACCAUAGGCACCUCUGCUCGCGGGCUGCCAACCCCAUCGGCAGCAAGCCUACUGCAAGCAAGCUGCCAGCCGGCUGCUACAGACGCAACUCCUAUGCUGCCUGCUUGCGGCUACGCUACACGCACGUAGAUCGAGGCUAG